CCGUUUAAACAUAGCCUUAAUCAAUCAAUUUUGUUUCAAGUCUGAUCGAUGAAUAUCUCGGAUUAGGGUUGAUAAUUAUAAUUGAGAAAUUAGGUAGAUAGCUGAUUGUUAUCCUUGGACACCUAUUUAUUAGCAAUAUCGCGGUGGGUGGGCUCAGUUGAGUUGAUAACCCUCACGGGGGGAGAAAACUUCAGAAUGUUCCGAUAUAUCCUUCUUCUGUCGGUCGUCUGUCUGGCUGUGGCAUUCAAAAACCCGCACUAUGCCACCGGACGCACCACCAUGGUCCAUCUUUUUGAGUGGAAGUGGAACGAUAUAGCGGAUGAGUGCGAGAGGUUCCUUGGCCCACGAGGAUUCGGUGGCAUUCAGAUUUCUCCUCCCAAUGAGAACUUGGUGAUCCGCUCCAGAAACCGUCCAUGGUGGGAGAGAUACCAGCCUAUGUCCUACCGUCUGGUCACCCGAUCUGGUGACGCGGCGCAGUUUGCCAGUAUGGUGAGACGCUGCAACGACGUUGGUGUCAGAAUCUACGUGGACGCUAUCAUCAACCACAUGACGGGUACCUGGAACGAGAACGUCGGCACUGGAGGCAGCCAGGCCGACCUCGGCAACUGGCACUACCCCGCUGUUCCGUACGGCAGGAAUGACUUCAACUGGCCUCAGUGCGAGAUCCGAUCUGAAGAUUAUAGAAACAACGCUCAUAGAGUACGUAAUUGUGAGCUGUCAGGCCUCAAGGACUUGAACCAGGGUACGGCUCAUGUACGAGACAUGAUCGUCAACUUCAUGAACAGUCUCAUAGAAAUGGGUGUUGCUGGAUUCAGGAUUGACGCAGCUAAGCACAUGUGGCCCGGCGAUCUCAACGUGAUCUACAACAGACUGAGGAACCUCAACACUGCUCACGGCUUUCCCAACAACGCUCGUCCCUACAUUUACCAAGAAGUCAUUGAUCUUGGCGGUGAAAUCAUCUCCAGGGAUGAGUACACUCCUUUGGCUGCAGUCACUGAGUUCAAAUACGGUUUGGAGCUUAGCCGUUGUUUCAAAGGAAAUAACCAACUUAGGUGGUUGAGCACCUUCGGACCGAGCUGGGGUCUCCUCGCCUCAGGUGACGCUUUAACCUUCAUCGACAACCACGACAACCAAAGAGGCCACGGUGCUGGAGGUGCGAUCCUCACCUACAAGAACGCUCGGCAAUACAAGGCAGCCAUCGCCUUCAUGUUGGCCCAUCCCUACGGCAAACCGCAACUAAUGAGCAGCUUCGCCUUCACGGAUACUGAGGCUGGACCUCCUCAGGAUGGCUCUGGAAAUAUCAUCUCCCCAUCCAUUAAUUCUGACGGUUCAUGUGGUAACGGAUGGAUCUGUGAACAUCGCUGGCGUCAAAUCUUCUCCAUGGUAGCUUGGCGUAACGUUGCUGGUAACGCCAACUUAAUCAACUGGUGGGACAAUGGAAGCAACCAGAUCGCCUUCUGCCGUGGAUCCAACGCUUUCGUUGCUUUCAAUAAUGACAACUGGAACUUACGCCAGGAUUUGCAGACCUGCCUCCCAGCUGGUAACUACUGUGACGUCAUCUCAGGCUCGAAGGAGAACAACCGUUGUACUGGGAAGACUAUUACUGUUGGCUCCAAUGGCCGCGCUAUUAUCUCCAUCAAUGCUGAUGAUUACGACAUGAUACUUGCUAUCCACCGUGGCAGUGAGUCCCGUCUGUAAAACAUCGAGAUUGAAUAUGCUAAUGAAGAAUGCAGGAGAGGAGAGCGACACAAAGACUAUGAACACUAUCAUUGGUAGCGAUAAGUUAUCAUUUUUGUAAAUAAAAUAACAAUAUAUUCCA